AUGGACCCCAAACAAGCAGACCUAGUUAUCUACCACCUCCGCGGAAGCGGGUAUGCACUUGGUCAUCCGGGGGAUACACUCCCCGGAUUAUUAUUCCUCGCUGAGGUAUUGGAGAAGAAGGGGAUUAGAGUUUGUAUUUUCACAUUGGAUUAUACGUUGGUAAGCAAUGGGGUGUUUCCGAGACAGGUAUGGGAGUGUUUUUGGGCUUAUGAGUAUCUUGUUGAGGAGGUGGGGGUUAGGGCUGAGAAGCUUUGUUUGAUGGGUGAGUCUGCGGGGGGUCAUCUUGCUUUGUCGUUUUUGGUUGGUCUUGCUCUUUAUAAGGGGGAUUCUUUUUCUUUCAUCUUUUCUCUAGAUGAGGAUGAGGAUGAGGAGAAGGGAAAGGAGAAGGGAAAGGAGAAGGAGAAGAAAGAUAAGUAUAAGGGAGAAGGAUAUCCACGACCUGGGUCUAUGAUUCUCCUAAGUCCCUGGAUUGACCUCUUCCUUUCAUCUCCUUUGAUACCGAUCCUCGAGCAAAGGGAUUUCAUGUCCAGGACAUUCCUCCACCGAACCGGUAAGGAGCUUCUACAUUCUGAUACAACAUUGGUCUCUCUCUUUGGGGAUUUUGCCUCCCGUUCUACGGAGAGGGGGUCUUGGGAGCGUAUUCUUCCGACUCGGACGUGGGUAUCUGCUGGUGCGGAUGAGGUUUUCGUGGAUGACAUUAUGAGGUUUGUUAACUGUGCCAGAGAGGAUGGUGUGGAGGUUGGGUUAAGGGUUGAACCUGGGAAGUGUCAUUCCUGGCAGAGUGGAGAGGCGUUUUUGGCUGCUAGGAGGUUUUUGGAUAUGUCUAUUCAGUGCGAUGGGGAGGAGCUGAUGCCUGGGUUGGUGGAAGUUGCGGGAGUUAUUGCUGGGUUUAUUUGA